CACUCAUCAUGUUGUCGUGGCUCCCUUUACUAGUUUGGCUUGUCGCGUGUCUGGUCGCGCCAGGUAUCGCGGUGCCUCUCGAAGUACCUAGCCCGCACGUACUUUCGAACAGUACAUCGAUGGCAACAUCUGAUGGAGUGAUGCAUAUCCGCUCUCCCAAGAAACUGAACUCCAUCCAGAUUAUCUUCAGGAAGUACGCCCCGCGAGAGUACUAUUACGUCUUCUACGAGGGGCCUUCUGGUAUCGCGGUAGAGCGCUGCAGCCUGGCAACCGACAGGAAAGACUUCCGAUUUAUUAAAUCUAUGGGUCCAUACUACUACAAGCACGACGAACCACUCAAUAAGCCCCCGUUCCCGCCGGAGAUGACUUUCGCCAUUGACCUCCCAGGCAAAUAUGUCGGCUGUCAAUAUACCUCGACAGGCGGCGAUCCGGGCUUGCUCGAUUGCGGCCCAGGCCGUGACGUUCUGCAUUUCGCGCAAGAUCUUCAGUAUUCUGAUCCAGUCGCAGAAUGCAAAUGGCGUAUGAAAGCAUGGGAACAUCGAGGUUUCUUCUGCGAUACUUAAGCGUGUCUAUCGACAAGACGUUGUGAUUGAGUAUGGCUGAGGUUGAAAUACGAGCACAGCGCAGAGUGGGGGCACUCUACCUUUUGAUGCAUCAAGUACCAGAACACAUACAUUCGAGUUUUUACUCGAAUUUUUCAUCUCUCUUCAGCUGAACAAAAGAACGAAAGUAGCUUUCACUUUACCUGCAAUAUCGAAUUCGUC